AUGGAGAACAGGACAGGAGAGACACAGCAGUUCAUCCUGGUUGGACUGACCAAUGACCCACACCUGGAGGGCCCUCUCUUCAUAAUCUUCUUCUUCAUCUACCUUAUCACCAUGUUUGGGAACCUGGGGAUGAUCGGACUGAUUAUUUCAGACUUUCGUCUCCACACCCCCAUGUACUUCUUCCUUGGUAACCUGUCUCUGGUGGAUUUUUGUUACUCUACUACUGUCACUCCCAAUGUCAUGACUGGCCUCCUUAUGGGAGACAAGGUCAUGAGCCACAAUGCCUGUGCUACCCAGUUGUUCUUUUUUGCAGUCUGUGCAACUGCGGAGAAUUACCUGUUGGCCUCCAUGGCCUAUGAUCGCUAUGCAGCAGUGUGUAAGCCCCUCCAUUACACCACCACCAUGACAACAAAUGUGUGUGCAUGUCUGGUCAUAGGAUGCUAUGGCUGUGCCUUCCUGAAUGCUUGCAUCUACACUGGCAAUGCAUUCAGUGUCUCCUUUUGUAAGACCAAUGUGGUCCAUCAUUUUUUCUGUGAUAUUCCAGCAGUCACGUUUAUAUCUUGUUCAGAUAGCCAUGCUCAUGAACUGCUUGUUAUUUAUUUGGCUGGCUUCAACAUCUUUUUUGCUCUCAUUGUAAUCUGGAUAUCCUACAUGAUCAUUUUUAUCACCAUCCUGAAGAUGCGCUCGGCUUCAGGGCUUGGGAAGGCUGUGUCCACCUGCGUCUCCCAUUUCACUGCCGUCUUCAUUUUCUACAGCACUGUUAUGUUCAUGUACUUGCAGCCCAGCUCCAGUCACUCCAUGGACACGGACACAAUCUCAUCUAUGUUUUACACAAUGGUCAUCCCCAUGCUCAACCCUGUGGUCUACAGCCUGAGGAACAAGGAAGUCAAGAGCGCAUUCACAAAGAUAGUUUUCAAAAGAACACAAUCUUGA